AUGCUGUCUAGCGCCCACCUCUUGCGCGGCCGGUUGUCUGCGCAGACCAAGGUCACCGUCACCGGCCUAUACACUCGACGCCUAUCUUCACUCGCUCGCAAUGCCUGUUCCUCGCAAUUAAAACACGCUCGCUUUCCUUCAAUUCCCAAAUCGCACACAUCAUCAAUUCAAAUCAGACGCAACUCUGUCAAUUCACCCGUGAGGCCAUCCCAGACGGACAAUGCGGAGAAGAACCCGGCCACACACUACAUCCCCCCACAGACCGGCUUGAUCGCGUCCUUGCCAAAAGCAUGGAUUCCAUAUGCGGAACUAGUACGCUUGGAUAAGCCUACUGGCACAUACUACCUGUUCUUCCCAACUCUCUUCUCCACCCUCCUUGCCGCGCCAAUGGCUGGCGCCGCCCCCCUUCAGGUCCUCGGGAUAUCAGCCCUAUUUUUUUCGGGCGCGCUGAUCAUGCGGGGUGCAGGCUGCGCCGUCAACGAUCUGUGGGACCGGAAUCUGGACCCUCACGUUGAGCGUACUAAGUUCCGCCCUAUUGCGCGAGGUGCACUUUCGCCGCCCAAGGCACUCGUUUUCACCGGUUCACAAUUCUUGGCUGGACUGGGUGUCCUAAUGUCCUUCCCAACUCAAUGCCUUUGGUAUGGAAUUCCUAGUGUGCCAAUUGUGCUGGCCUACCCUCUCGCCAAGCGCGUGACCAACUACCCCCAGGCUGUUCUGGGUCUUGCCUUUUCAUGGGGAGCGAUCAUGGGCUUCCCAGCCUUAGGGGUGGACCUGCUGGCUAAUCACGAUGCAUUGAUGGCGGCCGGGGCCUUGUAUACCAGCUGUAUUGCCUGGACAGUUUUGUACGAUAUGAUCUAUGCACACAUGGAUAUCAAAGACGAUGUCGCAGCCGGAAUCAAGUCCAUUGCCCUCCGCCACGAACACAACACCAAGGCUGUCUUGAGUGGCCUGGCAGUGACCCAGGUCUCCCUCCUCGCAGCUGCCGGCGUUGCUGCCGGCGCGGGCCCUGUCUUUUUCGUCGGUAGCUGUGGCAGUGCCGUUCUUUCACUUGGUCUGAUGAUCUGGAAAGUCCAAUUGAAGAGCGUCAAGAACUGCUGGUGGUGGUUCAAAAAUGGAUGCCUGCUGACCGGAGGAGGAAUCUCCUUGGGUUUGCUCGCUGAGUAUGCGACGCAGUACCUUGGAUUGUAUGAUACCGCAGAGGAGAGGCCGCUAGAGGCCACUUUGACGCAAUAA